CAGCUGACUGUUGUGUUUCUCUUCCUGGUGUUGUGUUGUGUGGAGAAGAGAAGAAAAGUGCUAAGUCUUUUUGACCUUUUGCCCACCAACGUUCAACCAUGGCCCUCCGGAGAGCUAAUCUUCGUUCCGGCAUGGAAAACACCAUCGCUGGUCCUGCCCCAGGCAAGACCGUUGUCGAGCCGUCCCUCGUUGGCAAGAGCACCCGAAGUGCUCUUGGUGAUAUCAGCAACAGGUCCCAGUCCAUUGCUCAACAAAGCAAAGCUGGUACCAAGAAGGCUACUACUGCCGCCGUUGAUACACGCAGGACUACACGGUCCCGAGCUAAAGAGGCUGAUGUCGUGCCGACAGCCACCACCGCGUCGACUACUGCUGACACGCAGCAGCUAUCCACCACGACCACCGCCACUCGCGAGCAUGUUGACUCUGCUGCUGACCAGGUGGCAGUUGCCUUCUCCCAGAUGAUGCACAUCGAGGAUGUGGACGCGGGAGAUGCAGACAACCCUCAGCUGUGCUCCGAGUAUGUCCAGGAAAUAUAUCACUACAUGCGCCGGUUAGAGAGCAAAUACUCGCUGCAGAGGAAUUAUUUCCAUGGUCAACGCGACGUUACCACCGAAAUGAGAGCUAUCCUUGUGGAUUGGCUCAUUCAGGUUCACAGUCGCUUCCAGUUGCUUCAAGAGACACUGUACGUAGCUGUGGCUAUACUGGAUCGAUUCCUUUCUUUGAACAUGCCACCUCGCAAUCAACUGCAGCUGGUUGGUGUCACCGCCAUGCUUCUGGCCUCCAAGUACGAGGAGAUCUACGCGCCGGAGAUUGAGGACUUUGUCUUCAUCACGGACAACACCUACACAGCGUCGCAAAUCCGCGCCAUGGAGGUCAGGAUCUUGGCAACUCUGGAGUUUGAGCUCGGAAAGCCUUUCUGCUUGCAGUUCCUCAGAAGAAAUUCCAAGGCUGGACAUGCCGACGCGCUCAUGCAUGUUAUUGCCAAGUACUUGAUGGAGCUGACGCUGCCAGAAGGUGACAUGAUCUGUGAGCUGCCAUCAACGAUAGCAGCAUCCGCUCUCAAUCUCACCUUCAAGUUGCUCAACAAAGGCACAUGGACUCCCACGCUGGAAUACUACAGUGGGUACACGGAGGCACAGCUCUCCAAGUGCACUAGCCGCAUUGCGCAGGUCCUGAAGAGGACCUCCACCGAGAGAAAGCUUGUGGCUGUUCGUUCAAAGUACAGCAACUCCAAGCUCCAGUCGGUGGCAACUCUGCCGGAACUGCAACCGGCGCAUGUCGAACGCAUGUUCCCCAGUGCCUAGGCAGUGUCGGCACGGACAUCAGAGUCCCCGCAGACCUCACAGGAAUUCAAGUACUGGUGCUGAACCGCUGGUGCGUUUAUUUAACUGUCUUCUUCUUGAUAACGCUUUUGCCAGGUACUCUCUCUCUCUAAGUGUUUUCGUUUCUCACUAGGACAUAACUCAGCGCCCAACUGGUUAGCUCUGCAGCCUAUAUUUGUUGUAAACCAUCGCCGGCUCUACUCUCGUUGGUACUGCCCAAACAUACUAGUAUCAGUAACUGCUCGCUCAUUACCAAAGACGUCAGUGGAUUGUGCGACGCUUAUACUCUCUUGCACACACAGUCAGUCUCAAAUACCAACAUUACCAAAAAAGAUUUCUUUUCGCCGCGUCAUCCGACGGCGUAUAUCUUGCACCCGGGCGCUUCCUUUGCCCAGCCUUCCAACCACUCGGGGUGCUCAUCUUCCAAACGUUUUCUUCCCAACGAACCCAAUCUUCCUGUUCUCUAGCUCCAUUAUCUUCGCUCCUUGAGUCAGCAGUUGUUUUCCAUUGUAUCUUUAUCAUUGCGGCGCGUUACUGCACUUGCUUUCAUUUGUCUUUCUGCGUGUCUGUUUGCUUGACCCGAACUGCCACCAUCCGGGCUGGAGUUCACUUGUUUCCACUGACGACAGCACCGUCGGGUGGGCUCCGGUCGUGGCUCUGGCUGGCGCUGCAGCAAUCCGUUUGUUUCGACCCUGUUGUUUUGUGUUUGCCAGUGGCUCACCGUGGUGUGGUGUCCUGUAGUGUGAGCGCCUCUGCUCUGUAUGUUUGCCUGUGUGUGCAUCCAUGCUAUGUCACUGCCAUGCAUUGUUCUUGCACUGCUCGUUUUGGUUCCCUGAUUUUCUUAUUUUUGAGUAAAUAAAGAAGUUUGUCACCGUUUCCUGAA